AGUCCUUGGUUUGCAAAGUUAAAUGUAGAGAGAAAGGGUGUGAUCUCAAGUCUCUCUCUCUCUCUCCUCGGAACCAACUGUCAAGUGUCACUCUCCCGUGAGAUCAGCUUUGCGUUGCAUUUCCUCCUCAUUCUCCAAAAAUAAUAUGUAAAUAAAUCUGUGUUUAAUUCAAUUCAUAGAAAGGGAAAAAGAAAUCUGCUUUUUGUUUUUUUCGAAUCAAACAAAUGACCAUCUCUGAUAUUUUCAAUCUGUUUUGCAUCUGAUUGUAUUGGUUGGCCACUGUUGCUUUUACUCGUGUUUUGAUAUGAUAAAACGAGCGAGCCAACCGACUCGGAACAAAGGAACCAAAAGCUUUCGGUUCAUGACCAGAAACUGAUAGAAACUUGAGAUCUGGGUCCGAUCAGUUUUUGAAGAAAAAGAAAAUGGUGGAAUUGGGAUUGUUGUCCGGAAGCAGCAGCAAGUAUAGUAGUUGUAAGCCGGUGAAUGUGAGCUUCAGGAUACCGUAUUACACUGAGUGGGGUCAAAGCCUGCUGGUGUGCGGCUCCGAGCCGGUGCUUGGUUCAUGGAAUAUCAAAAAGGGUCUGCAACUGAGCCCUGUCCACCAUGGGAAGGAGCUCAUAUGGUUUGGGAACAUCUCUGUUCCAAGUGGCUUCAAAUGUGACUACACUUACUAUGUCGUCGAUGAGAAGCGAAACGUUCUGAGAUGGGAAAUGGGAGAUAAGCGUAAAGUAUUAUUGCCUGAGGGGAUCCAAGAUGCAGAGGCAGUGGAGCUUCAUGACCUUUGGCAGGUGGGUGCCGAUUCACUUCCUUUUAGAAGUGCGUUCAAAGACGUCAUCUUUGAUUCGAAAUUCAGUUUGGACAUUGAAGUACCUCCUGGAGUCAUCCAAAACACUUUGGACCAGGAUGAUUCUGUUCUUGUCCAUUUCAAAAUCAGCUGUCCAAACAUAGAAGAAGAAACAGCGAUAUUUAUUAUUGGUAACACCUCAAAGUUGGGACAGUGGAAUGUUCAGAAUGGGCUUAAACUAAGCUACGCUGGUGAAUCCAUUUGGCAUGCUGACUGUGUUUUGCCGAAGAGUGAUUUCCCUAUAAGAUAUAAGUAUUGCAAAUAUGGCAACGCAGGAAACUUUUCUCCAGAAAAUGGUCCAAACCGUGACCUUGUUCUUGACUCCUCAAAAACUCAACCGAGAUACAUUUUUCUUUCAGAUGGCAUGUUGCGAGAAAUGCCUUGGCGGGGUGCUGGUGUUGCAAUCCCAAUGUUUUCUGUUAGAUCAGAAAAUGAUCUUGGAGUUGGAGAGUUUCUUGACCUGAAAUUAGUUGUUGACUGGGCUGCAGAUUCUGGCUUUCAUUUGGUUCAGCUUUUACCUAUUAAUGAUACAUCAGUGCAUGGAAUGUGGUGGGAUUCAUACCCCUACAGCUCACUUUCUGUAUUUGCAUUGCAUCCUUUAUACCUGAGAGUACAGGAACUUUCAGAAAGUAUGUCUUCGGAUAUCAAGCUCGAGAUUGAGAAGGCAAAAGAACAAUUGGAUGGAAAGGAUGUUGAUUAUGAGGCUACCUUGACUACCAAACUUUCUAUUGCGAAUAAAGUAUUUGCUCAAGAGAAGGAUUUGAUUCUUAACUCCAGUUCCUUCCAGAAUUUUUUUUCUGAGAAUCAGGAUUGGCUAAAACCCUAUGCGGCCUUCUGUUUUUUACGGGACUUCUUUGAAACAUCAGAUCACAGUCAAUGGGGUCGGUUUUCUCAUUUUUCAAAAGAAAAGCUAGAGAAACUCAGCUCCAAAGACAGCUGUCACUAUGACAUAAUCUGCUUCCAUUAUUAUGUCCAAUUUCAUUUGUAUGGACAACUCUCAGAAGCUGCAGAUUAUGCAAGAAGGAAAGGUGUAAUAUUGAAAGGAGAUCUACCUAUUGGUGUUGACAGAAACAGUGUGGAUACGUGGGUUAAUCCAAAUUUGUUCCGCAUGAACACAUCCACUGGAGCUCCUCCAGAUUAUUUUGAUAAAAAUGGGCAGAAUUGGGGUUUCCCUACCUACAAUUGGGAGGAGAUGUCGAAAGACAACUAUGCAUGGUGGCGUGCUCGUUUGACACAGAUGGCAAAAUACUUUACCGCUUACAGAAUUGAUCACAUUUUGGGUUUCUUUCGUAUCUGGGAGCUCCCAGAACAUGCCAUGACUGGUCUUGUUGGGAAAUUUCGACCUUCCAUUCCACUAAGUCAGGAGGAACUUGAAAGAGAGGGCAUAUGGGAUUUUGAUCGCUUGAGUCGCCCAUAUAUUCUGCAGGAAUAUUUACAGGAUAAAUUUGGAGCUUCAUGGACUUUUAUUGCCUCAAAUUUUCUAAAUGAAUAUCAGAAGAACCGCUAUGAGUUUAAGGAGGACUGCAACACUCAGAAAAAAAUUGCUUCCAAGCUGAAAUCAUUUGCAGAAAGGUCUCUGUUGCAGGAUGAAGAGAAGAUACGGCAUGAACUCUUUGAUCUUAUACAGAACAUAGUUCUCAUCAGAGAUCCAGAAAAUCCAAGGAAUUUCUAUCCUCGUUUCAAUCUUGAAGAUACACCAAGUUUUAAUGAUUUGGACGACCACAGCAAAAACGUAUUGAAAAGAUUAUACUAUGAUUACUACUUCCACCGGCAAGAAAAUCUUUGGCGGGAGAAUGCUUUGAAAACGUUACCUGCUCUGCUUAACUCAUCAGAUAUGCUUGCCUGUGGGGAAGAUCUGGGGCUUAUUCCUUCUUGUGUUCAUCCUGUGAUGCAAGAACUAGGAUUAAUAGGUUUACGCAUUCAGCGCAUGCCCAGUGAACCUGAUUUGGAGUUUGGUAUUCCUUCUCAAUAUGGCUAUAUGACAGUAUGUGCUCCGUCAUGCCAUGACUGCUCAACCUUGCGUGCUUGGUGGGAAGAAGAUGAAGAAAGAAGGCAGCGAUAUUUUAAGAAUGUGGUGGGGUCUGACAUGUCACCACCUGCUCGAUGUGUUCCAGAGAUUGCACAUUUCAUCUUAAGGCAACAUGUUGAAGCACCAUCAAUGUGGGCCAUUUUUCCGCUUCAGGAUUUGUUAGCGUUGAAAGAAGAAUACACAACACGCCCUGCAAAAGAGGAGACGAUCAAUGACCCCACAAAUCCCAAACACUAUUGGAGAUACCGUGUACAUGUGACAAUGGAGGCUUUGAUCAAGGAUAAUGAACUCAUAUCGACCAUCAAGGAUCUUGUCCGUUUGAGUGGAAGAUCAUAUCCGGCAGUACAAGCUGAAAAACAACCAAGUCAGGAAUCAGCAGCAGUUGCAGGUACAGAGAAGCAGAAAAUGUCCAGCAGCAAAGAUAAGGUUCACCCGGCAGCGUCGUUGAACGGAGUUCCACAGGAGACCGUGGCUGUUCGCUGAUGGUGUUCGUGUAAUGUGAAGGAGCUUAGUUAAUAAGCAGAAAAUAAGCCGACUGUCAACAAGAAUCUGCAUAUUGGGUGCUUGUUGAAGUCUAGAUCUCUUUCCACGACCAUCCAAAACCUUUUAACAAUAAAUAAUGGAAUAAGAAAUAAUGGUAGUACUAAUAUGUUGAACAAUCAAUAACCUAUGAAAUAGAUUAGCUGGCCGGCUUGACGAUGCUCUCUAUUUUGGCCGGUUGUCCCUUCUUAUU